UGAUCCAGCGAGGGGCGGGGCGUCUCUGACGUCACGGCGCGGCGGAGAGAGCGGGCACGCGGGAGGGGAUGGCGGUGACGUCACGGCGGGCGGGGGCGGGCGGCGGUGACGUCACGGCGAUGGCGCUGCCCUCGGCGGGCCGCUCCAAGCAGGACAUCCGGGAGAAGGUGUGGGAGCACCUGGAGGCCUCCGGCCUGGCCGAGUUCCCGCGGCCCGUGCGCGGCCGCAUCCCCAACUUCAAGGGCUCUUCCCACGCUGCCGCCAGGCUUCGGGGCUUGCCGGAGUUCCGGGCUGCCCGCACAGUAAAAAUAAACCCCGAUGCUCCCCAGAGGAACGCCCGCUUCCUAACGCUGGAAGCAAGGAAGACUUUGCUGGUCCCCACCCCACGUCUGAGGACUGGGCUGUUCAACAGGAUUGUUCCUCCUCCAGGUGCAACCAAGGAGAUGCUGAGAAGAUGUGCCACAUCCCAGGGUGUAAGAGACUACAGCGUGCCUGUGGGGCUGGACGGGAAAGCACGAGUGGACUUGGUUGUUGUGGGGUCAGUGGCUGUCUCUGAAAAAGGCUGGAGAAUUGGCAAAGGGGAAGGUUACGCAGACAUGGAAUAUGCAAUGAUGGUGUCCAUGGGGGCAGUGCAGGAGGACACACCUGUGGUUACCAUCGUGCACGACUGCCAGGUGCUUGACAUAGCAGAGGAGCUGCUGGGUGAUCAUGAUUUAACUGUGGAUUACAUCCUCACUCCAACAAGGACUAUCCAGACUAAUUGCAAACGACCAAAACCUCAGGGAAUAAUGUGGCACAAGGUCAGCUCUGAGAUGCUGGGAAAAAUCCCCAUCCUAAAGACUCUCCGAUGCAGGGAGAAGCAGGCUGGCAAGGAUGUCACCCUCCAAGAUGAACAUCCAGCCCUGGCAGACACCAACAGAGCAGCAAUUUCAGACAAGAAGGUGAUGCCUGCAAAUCCCCAGCCACGGGCUGCUCCAGGCUCAGCUCCAGUGCGAGAACCCCAUGUGGAAAGCAAUCCUGGAAAUCCCAAAUCCGAGGGAUCUGACCCAAUCACCGCUGUGUAUGUGGGGAACUUGCCUGGCAGCCUGAGAGUGAGCCAGCUGAAAAGUGCCCUGAGGGAGCUGCAGGUGGCUCCUGUUGCCCUGAAGUGGCAGGGAGCACAGCACAGGGCUUUCCUGGACUACAGGGAUCAGGGGGCUGCACUCAGAGCUGUGUCCUGCCUGCAAGGCCUGAGCCUUGGGGGCAAUGCUCUGAGAGUGGAGCUGGCCAGGAGCCAGAGGAACAAAGGGCAAGGAGAAAUCAAUAGUCACAAAUGAG